GCUGUUUCUUAACCCUACCUAGUAAUCGCCCGCCCAACUAACACCUACCUACCUAUUAAUCCCUCUCUAGUAGAUAACUACCUACAGAUUCCAGUCAAGUCCCGAAUCCCUACGCGCGGUACUUUUGAUGCUCUUUUAUUACUCUAAAGCGUCUGAAACCAGCUUUCACUUGUCGCGUGGUACGAGUGGCGAUGGAAUUGGUAGGUAGGUAUAGGUAGUUGACGUCUACCAGUCUUCCCGGGUAUGCUGCUUCUCCCUCCUCCGCCACCAUCGUCGCGUUUAGUCGAUUCGUCCUUCACAAGCCGAGCGGUUAAGUAGGUGCUUGUACCUACCAUUUUCCGAUUUGGCGAUACCAAUGCGACCCACGUGAUCACCGAAGUUCCCCGGCUCGUCAAUUUCCCUUGACGUCGACAACUUGGCCUUAACCCAAUAAUCAACCCACUACCGCUACCGCUACCAUCUCAUCUACCCAUUGUCAGGAUGAAGAUAAUCAUUACGGGAGCCACGGGGUUCGCUGGGGGGGCACUGGUUCGACAGGCCGUCGCUAAUAACAAGAUCACGCAUGCGUUCGUCUUGACUCGCAGGCCACUACCCGAAGAGCUCUCGAAACACGCGAAGCUCACUGUCACACGGGGAUGGAACCCUACGCCAAUAAAUCAGGCCAUAAAGGUUAGGAGGAUAAUAUCGGGUAUUAAAGCCGUUACUUCGGCGACUUACUAAGGCAAGUCCUAGAUAAGCUUCGGA